AUGCCAGCCCGCGCCCUUCCUCGCCGCCUGCCGCGGCUGCUGCUGCUCCGUCUGCUGUCGCUGCAUUUGCUGCUGCUCGCACUGCGCGCCCGUUGCCUGAGCGCUGAGCCGGGUCAGGGCGCGCAGACCUGGGCUCGCUUUGCGCGCCCUCCCGCCCCUGAGGCCGCCGGCCUCCUCCACGACACCUUCCCCGACGGCUUCCUCUGGGCGGUGGGCAGCGCCGCCUACCAGACCGAGGGCGGCUGGCGACAGCACGGUAAAGGCGCGUCCAUUUGGGACACGUUCACCCAUCACCCCCAGGUCACCCCGGGCGAUUCCCCGAUCGCCGUGGCGCCGUCGGGUGCCCCGUCGCUUCCUCUGCCCUCCACUGGAGAUGUGGCCAGUGACAGUUACAACAACGUCUACCGCGACACGGAGGGGCUGCGAGAGCUGGGGGUCACUCACUACCGCUUCUCCAUCUCGUGGGCGCGCGUGUUCCCCAAUGGCACCGCGGGUACCCCUAACCGCGAGGGGCUACGCUACUAUCGGCGGCUGCUGGAGCGGCUGCGGGAGCUGGGCGUGCAGCCGGUGGUCACCCUGUACCACUGGGAUCUGCCGCAGAGCCUGCAGGACGCCUAUGGCGGCUGGGCCAAUAGAGCCCUGGUUGACCACUUCAGGGAUUAUGCCGAGCUCUGCUUUCGCCACUUCGGUGGCCAGGUCAAGUACUGGAUCACCAUUGAUAACCCGUACGUGGUGGCCUGGCACGGGUACGCCACCGGGCGCCUGGCCCCGGGUGUGCGGGGCAGCUCCAGGCUCGGGUACCUGGUUGCGCACAACCUACUUCUGGCUCAUGCCAAAAUCUGGCAUCUCUACAACACUUCCUUCCGCCCCACUCAGGGAGGCCAGGUGUCCAUUGCCUUGAGUUCCCACUGGAUCAGUCCUAGAAGAAUGACCGACCACAACAUCGGAGAGUGCCAGAAGUCUCUCGAUUUUGUGCUGGGCUGGUUUGCCAAACCCAUAUUUAUCGACGGGGACUACCCAGAGAGCAUGAGGAGCAACCUCUCCUCACUUCUGCCUGCUUUUACUGAGUCUGAGAAGAGGUUUGUCAGGGGAACCGCUGACUUUUUUGCUCUUUCCUUUGGACCAACCUUGAGUUUUCAACUCCUGGACCCUCACAUGAAGUUCCGACAAUUGGAAUCUCCCAGCCUGAGGCAGCUCCUGACUUGGAUAGAUCUGGAAUAUAACCACCCUCAAAUAUUUAUUGUGGAAAAUGGUUGGUUUGUCUCAGGGACCACCAAGAGAGAUGAUGCCAAAUACAUGUAUUACCUCAAGAAGUUUAUAAUGGAAACCCUAAAAGCCAUCAGGCUGGAUGGGGUCGACGUCAUUGGGUACACUGCCUGGUCCCUCAUGGAUGGUUUCGAGUGGCACAGGGGCUACAGCAUCCGACGUGGACUCUUCUAUGUCGACUUUCUGAGUCAGGACAAGGAGCUGUUGCCGAAGUCUUCGGCCUUGUUCUACCAGAAGCUGAUAGAGAACAAUGGCUUCCCUCCUUUACCUGAAAACCAACCCUUAGAAGGGACAUUUCCUUGUGGCUUUGCUUGGGGAGUUGUUGACAACUACGUUCAAGUGGACACUACUCUUUCUCAGUUUACCGACCCGAACAUCUACCUGUGGGAUGUACAUCGCAGUAAGAGGCUUAUUAAAGUAGACGGGCUUGUAGCCAAGAAGAGAAAACCCUACUGUGUCGAUUUCUCGGCCAUCCGGCCUCAGAUCGCCUUACUUCGAGAAAUGCACGUCACCCACUUUCGCUUCUCCCUGGACUGGGCACUGAUCCUGCCUCUGGGUAACCAGACCCAAGUGAAUCGCACGGUUCUGCAUUUCUACCGCUGCAUGAUCAGCGAGCUGGUGCACGCCAACAUCACUCCAGUGGUGGCCCUGUGGCAACCAGCAGCCCAGCACCAAGGCCUGCCACAUGCACUGGCCAAACACGGGGCCUGGGAGAACCCACACACGGCCCUGGCAUUUGCAGACUAUGCGAACCUGUGCUUUACAGAGCUAGGCCACAGGGUCAAAUUCUGGAUCACCGUAAACGAACCCAACACACGGAACAUGACCUACCGUGCCGGCCAUCACCUCCUGAAAGCGCAUGCCUUGGCUUGGCGCCUGUACGACGAGAAGUUUAGGGCGGCUCAGAAAGGCAAAAUAUCCAUUGCCUUGCAGGCCGACUGGAUAGAACCGGCCUGCCCUUUCUCUCAGAAGGACAAAGAAGUGGCCGAGAGAGUUUUGGAAUUUGAUAUUGGCUGGCUGGCAGAGCCUAUUUUCGGCUCCGGAGACUAUCCACGUGUGAUGAGAGACUGGUUGAACCAAAAAAACAAUUUCCUUUUGCCAUAUUUCACUGAAGACGAGGCAAAGCUAAUCAGGGGUUCCUUUGACUUCCUGGCCUUGAGCCAUUACACCACCAUCCUCGUGGACUGGGAAAGGGAGGAUCCCAUAAAAUACAACGACUACCUGGAGGUACAGGAGAUGACUGACAUCACGUGGCUCAACUCUCCCAGUCAGGUGGCUGUGGUGCCUUGGGGGCUGCGCAAGGUGCUCAGCUGGCUGAGGUUCAAGUACGGAGACCUCCCCAUGUAUGUGACAGCCAAUGGCGUAGACGAUGAUCCCCAUGCCGAGCAGGACGCGCUGAGGAUGUACUACGUUGAGAACUACGUGAACGAGGCCCUGAAAGCCUACGUGUUGGAUGGAAUCAACCUUUGCGGCUACUUUGCUUAUUCGCUUAGUGAUCGGUCGGCUCCGAAGUUUGGCUUUUAUCGUUACGCUGCGAAUCAGUUCGAGCCCAAACCAUCUCUGAGACAUUAUAGGAAAAUUAUCGACGACAAUGGCUUCCUGGGUUCCGAAACGCAGGGAAGGUUUUGUCCAGAGGAAUACACCCUGUGCAGCGAAUGCAGCUUUUUUCACACCCGGAAGUCUUUACUCGUCUUCAUCGUGUUUCUUGUCUUUGCUUUUAUUAUUUCUCUCGCUCUUAUUUUUUACUACUCCAAGAAAGGCAGGAGAAAUUAUAUCUAGUGUGAAUGCCUUCUGGCUGUUUGCUCUGGGCUCAUUAAGCACCCGCUGUCAGCUGCCAGCCAUUUGUAUCUCUCCGCGUCGUGAGGCCACACUACACGCAUUUGGAUGCCAGAAAGCCUUUUUUGUCACAGAUGGCAGAGCUUUUGUAACAGGUAUUGGUAACUGUAAAAUAUUGGUAAGAUGAAGAGUACCUGAAUUUGCCCUCGUUGGGGUCGAUUAGGCAACUGUACUGGCCUCAAGUUCUACAGAACCCCUGUAUGGAAGGAAGGAAACAUGGCAGCCAUAACAGCACUAACUGGACCGAAGUUUGAAGAACAACAACUUGAGGAACACAGAGAAAAAUGUAUCUGUGUCCAGUUUUAAAUUUUGCAUGUUUUCGGAAGUAGCAUUCUCUCAAUUGCCUUGUUAAUACCUAACAGCUGUGACUUUACAUGCUCCACAUUCACAAGGCAACAACGGAAGAUUUUAUAGCGCGGAUGGGCAAGAGACCCUGGGCUAAAGCAGCCCAUUUGAGAGCUCUGUUUUUACCAAAUGCUGCUAAUAUUAACUUAUGAACAUGCUUACAGAGCACAUUAUGGAGACUUAGAUUUUUGUGAAUGUUUUUGAGGUGCUCUCUAAACCCCAGAUCUUUGAGGGCUCUCUCUCUUACUGCCUCUCCUUUCAGAGUCUGCAUGUUGGAGAUUUUUUUUUUUUUCUGGUAAAUGUUCACAAAAAAUAAAGAUGAGUCUUGAGCUGCUGGCCUCUUUGGGAAACCGACUGCAGAAUGCAGGGCACGGCGGCAGUUCUAGGAAGGAGAAAGGAGGGAUUUUUUUCUGUUUUUUAAUGAGCAGCAUGAGUGUUUUGAUUAAACAUCCUUUUGUCUUUGAGCAGACCUUGGAAUGAAUGAAAUGACCUUUCCCACGUGAAGAAAAAUGAAAUUGUCACCCGAUUUGUGAAGAAUGACUGUUGCUUUCUGAGAAUACGCUGUCAAUGCUUCGACACAAUAGUUUCCCAACUUUGUAGUAGAUGCAAGAGCAAUCGGGUGUGAACACACUGGGAACCUGUCUUUGUGGCCACCGAGAGUCACUCUGGGCUUCUGCAACUGUGAACGGGCUUCGAACCUGUCCCACUUGGAGCUCUGACACCGACCACGCUACCGACUUCUAUCCAAAGGGCUACCUGGGUCUUCUCCUUCCACACCCGCUACCCUAAGUCUUACUGAGUCCACAGGGGAUGUUCCCUUGCUAUACCUGAGUGGUCUUAGAGAUGAUAAGCCAAUACCAGACAGGCAAGAUAAGCCAGCCAAAGCAGGCAUAGUUACCCGUGUUAACACAGGGUCUUACUUCAUCUUGUGAUAUGGUAUGGUUUUCCUCAUGAACAAUCAGCUUCUGCUGUGGUGUUCUUUAUACAAUUGGACUUGUUAUUGAAGUCAAAUGCUAAAGAACCAAUAGUUUAUUUUAUGCCUCUAUUUUUCUUGAUUACAGAGUAAUAUAUAUUAAUUGUAAAAAUUUAAAAGACAAAAACUAUAUGUGAAGAAAAAGAUCUAAUAUAAUACAAGGACACUACUGACAGUUCCUAUGUGUUGUAUUUUAUGUAGUCAGAUCCUAUUAUACACAGGUACACAUCUUCUUUAUUCAUUUUUAUUGAAUAAUUUUUCUGUCAUUAGUC